GGGAAGUGUGAGCCUCAGCAAAGCCACCAGAGUUGGGUUUGAGAUAAAACGACAGUCACAGAGAGUCAUUCUUACAAGCACUCUGACUGUGAUGGGAUGGCGGUGUGGAAGUGACAAGAAAAGGAUUAAGUGCAACGCUUGGACGUUGAUGCCUUCAGUGCUUCUGUACCUUCAGAGAACAUGACUGGUUCAGCUGCACCACAGAAACGUCUCUGGAUUCUUUGUGUGGUCUUGAUCUCAACAGUGAGAGGGGAAAGUCGCUGUCCAAAAGGAGGACGGAUCCACCUGGCCAGCCUGAGAUGCUAUUGGCUCUCAGACGAAACUUCCUCUUGGUUUGAUGCGCAGGAUUCCUGCAGACACACCUGGGGAGGAGAUCUAGCAUCUGCUGAAAGCAAAGAGCUGCAAAAUUUCAUAUACCACUCUUUUCCACGCGAAACCACAGUGUGGGUAUGGAUGCGGAGACUGGCAGGAGAAGAAGAUGACCUGUUUGGGGAGCCACCAAGUCCAGUCAGGUGGGACACGGACAGCACAAGUCGGGGGUUGUGUCCUCAGAAGGCUUUGGGGACGCCGGGAAGAUGGAGGAGGGCGAAGUGUGCUGGACGAUGCCGCUUUAUCUGUGAAACUCAAGUAACUGAGUCUCUACCUUCUGUAGACAUUUAUCUGACUGGACUGCUUCUCUUGACUGGGGUCAACUCUGAGAGACGGAUACGGCCACUUCCCAGUGCGCCAGACACUGGACAACACACAGUGGAGAUGCUACUUUUCCCAGGCUUGUGGUUCAGUCAUGCAGGUCAGCUGACAUCAGUGGAACUGGUGGUCCAGCCCACCUCCGUGUCCUCUCUGGCCCGAAUCCAGAUCCUACGUCCCUACUGCAGCCCGAGUCGUUACUUGGUACCUCCAGGUUGCAGCUCUCUUCUUAAUCCCUUCAGCUGCUGUGCAGCCACACCGCUCUGCAACACCAAGGGAGGAUGCAGCGUGGGCCAGUACUGGUGCCAUCUAGUGGAGGCCUGCAUGCCGACCAGCAGUCCAUGCAGCCCGUACAGCACUGCAGCAGGAAGCCGAGGCUUCGCUUUGCCGCCAAGAUACCCCGCACUCCCCCCCUUCUACCACCUGGUGGCAGACCUGCCCCUGAAGAUAAACCCAAGCGCUGAGCUAAAAACUUUGAGUGUUCUACAGCCAGAGGAAGCCAUCUUGGUGUAUCCUGAUGAUAUCGUAGCUGUGCAACACACUCUUGACUCUGGGAAGUUUUUGCACUGCCUUAAUAGUGAGCUCUCUCUGAAUUCUCCUUGGCGCCAAAGUUACCUGUCCCUCAGGGGGGCAGAGUGGGGGGGCUGGUGGGAGGGCGGCCUCACUUCAUUGCCCCAAGACACAAAGUGGGUGGACGGGGUGGUGUGUGACCUGAGAAUCCUGUAUGAAGACGCACUUCACAGUGCUACUGAGCAUGAAACUGUCUUUCACUACACCCACAAGGAGACGGUCACAGUUCCUGAUAUCGGAACCCUGACUGCAGAUCCUCUUCUAAGAUCUAAAUUCAGACUCGAUGUCAUCCAUCCCCUUCCAGAUGAAAAGAACCACAUUCAUGUCCAGGUCAACGUCCCAACACUAAUUGUUGUCAAGUCCAUAUUUGGAGAGAAGGCCAGGAGCUCGUGGUCAGCCCCCAUACUCAAAACUGGAGUCCCCUUUUAUGCAUCUUGCCCUGAAGAGGUGGUUUAUUCUGCACCUGGCUGUAAAAAGCAGCCCCAAGACGAUUGGUUUUCCUCUGUGACUCUUGUGCUGCCAUCGCCGGGUGUUCAGACGCUCAGCAUCAGCAUGAUGGACGCUGACAGCUUUCAGAGCGUGAAUGUGCAGGUUUACGGAUACGAGGCAGUGACGGGGCUUAGAGUUGAGCCACAAGAAUGUCGAAGGAUUCUUAUAAACACAUCACAGCUUUUUAAAGCCAAAGUGGAGAGUGGUUCUUCUGUAAAAUUCACCUGGGUGGUUGACAACCUGGAGAAGUUUGGUUAUGAGGGAGAAUCUUACAGUGUAAUGUUUAAGCAACCUGCUGAGUAUAAGCUACAGGUGACAGCGUCAAACCCGGUGAGCUCGCAGAGACAGCAAAUCCUUCUUACCGCUGAUGAAAUGACGCCCCUGGCUCAGCCUGAGUUUCUGUUCGUCAGGGAGGUUGUGGCGGUAGAUGCGACCCUCCUCUACACUGUCAGGGUCAAAGUGGAUAUCUCCCUCUCAGUUACUUUUAAGUGGGAUUUUGGGGAUGGCAGGAAUGUCAUCCACAUGCAGUCUGCUCCAUGUCAGAGCACUGAAGGACUUGUUGAGAGAGGAGAGAAACAGAUCUAUAUUGACGACUCAGUGAAUCACACUUAUUCCACCCCAGAGGACUAUACUCUUCAUGUUCAAGUCUCCACUGGAUAUGACAUCACUGAUGCAACCAUGGAGAUCAGUGUUUCCCCCCAGUUGAUUCACAUCCUCAUUUUACCGUCCACUCUGACACUGCUCGUCAAGGAGACCUUGCAUCUGGAAGCUUUCAUCAACCCCUCUGGCUUGGCAGUUGUCUAUACCUGGAACUUUGGUGAUGACUCAAAAGUCAUCCAAGGCAUUCAUCACAAAGUCAGCCACAGCUAUAGAUCUGCAGGAGUUUAUAACAUCACUGUAUGUGCCAGUAACAACAUUACAUCGCCAAUUGCCUCGCUUUUAAUGGUAGUUAUGGAGAAAAUUUCUGGUUUAACUGUUACAUACAGUGGGCAGAGUGAAGUAGGCUCUCCAACAGAUUUCAGAGCUGAAGUGGCCACUGGCAACAGUCUAAUUUGGGAAUAUGACUUUGGUGAUGGGUGUCUACAGGAGAAUUUUACAGAAGGCUCUGUCUCCCACAUCUAUACACUUCCAGGGAACUUUAGAGUUGGUGUAACUGUUUCUAACUCUGUUAGCAGAGUUCACCAGUCUAUAACUGUUGAAGUAUAUAAUUUAACUCUUAGUGGGGUUCUUCCAACAGAAUGUGUAAUGACAGGAAAACAUCAAAAAUUCACUGCGCUGGCGAAUGGAAAUAUUUCCACUCUGACUUUCCAUUGGCUGUUUGGAGAUGAUUCACCUUUGAUGGUGAUGACUGGACAGUCAACAGCAACUCAUACAUUUCUAAGUCCCGGGGUUUUCCCUCUUAAUCUUACUGUGUUUAGUUUGUUUACCUUUGUAUCACUUAGUAAAAGCAUCUGCGUUGAAAGUCCAAUAACUAAAGUUUUAGUGCAGUCAUCACGGGAAGUAGCAGCAGUAGAAGAAGAAGUAUGCGUCAGAGUUUUCGUUUUCCCUGAACAAAAUACUGGUUACCAAUUUUGCUGGUUUAGUAGCCCCUCUGGUCUUAGUGAAUCAACAGAAAGCUCUGAGAAGUGUUUUGUCUUCAUCAAUGAAGGAGUUGAAAAAGUUUCUGUUGUGGCAAGUAACAAAGUUAGCAACCAAACUGCUAAGGUUAAUAUCACCGUUCAAAAACCAGUUCGUAAGCUUUCUGUUGCGCAUGAAAGUCAAAGUGAUUCACUGAUAGUCAACAAAUCAUUAUCAUUUUGGGUUGCCAGUUGUGCUGGCAGCAAUGUGUCAGUGCUGUGGGACUUUGGAGAUGGGUCUCCUGUAGAGCAGAAGCAAAAUGUAACACAUGUCUUUACCUCAAAUGGUAAAUACACAGUCACUGCCACAGCAUUUAACGCUGUUAGCCACGAUUCUGCGAUCCUUACGUUGAAUGUUUUGCUUCCUGUUUCAGACCUGAGACUUUACACCAGUCAGCCCUCUUCUGUAGUGGGAGAGGAAACUCUUAUCACAUCAAUUAGCAGCGCUACUGACAUCAGUAACUACCACUGGAUAGUUGAUGGCAUAACCGCAACAAGACAAGGAACUUAUCUGUUCAGAUACACUUUCCCCAAACCGGGAGUGUAUCAAGUCAAGGCUAUAGCCCAGAACUUAGUAAGUAAAAAGGAGGCUACUAUUUUAAUUGAGGUACUUGAAAGAAUAGCGGGUCCUCAGAUUGAAUGUCGAAGCCUAAUUAACAAAAAGUAUAUACCAACCCUAGAGGAAAUGCUGUUCAUUGCCUCAGUCACCAAAGGGUCCAAUGUCACUUAUCACUGGCUUGUCACACAGAGCGGAAGAGGCCAACAAAUAAGAGGCGAUGGAGAGCUUUUUUACUUGAUGGUGGAAACUUCUGGUAGGAUAUCAGUUCAGCUCACAGCCUCCAGUAUCUUGGGUGUGGCUUCAAAUAGUGUUUCUCUUGUGGCAGUAGAACAUGUGACAGGUGCAUGCGUAGCGACGCACUCAAACACUGUGGCACUAGGGAAACCCGUAAACAUAUCUGUACAUGUUCUUACAGGUUCAGACCUACACUACCUUUGGUAUGUGAAUGCAGAUGUUUCACCCCUCCGGACACAUGUGCCCUUUUUUCUCUACACUUUCACAAAUUUGGGUCUUAAUCUUCUCAAAGUAUCAGUUCAGAACGCGCUGAGCCAGAGCAAUGACACCAAACAGUUUUUGGUUCAGGAAGAAGUACUAGAGGUCGACUUUCAAAUUGACGGAAAGAAACAUCCAUUUUCUGUCAAUGCUAGUGUUUCUCUUUCUUUUUACGGGUCUGUCCACAGGGGUAAUGACUUGCAUUGGGACUGGGAAGUUAAAAGUGCCAAAGAGACCAUCUUUACUUCCACAUAUCCAACUUUUGUCUUCAGAUUUUCUCAUGCAGAUAUCUAUGAGGUGUAUCUGAAUGUCUCCAAUGAUGUAAGUUGGAAAAUCAUUUCACACAAUGUCACUGUCCAAGAAGCUGUUGAAGGUCUUCUGCUGAACAUCGGCAAGGCCUCUUUCUGCACCAAUGAGCAAAUUGAGUUUAUUCCCACAAUAUCCAACGGAAGUAAUGUGAGAUUUGGCAUAACCUUCCAAAAAAAUGACUGGAUUCAUAGUCAGGACAUUUCUGAAGGCCAGCUCACCAGAUUAAGCCUUCCAGCUGGCAAAUACUUGGUUACACUGAAAGCUACAAACCAGGUCAGUAGUGCUGAGAUUUCCUCUAACAUUCUAGUAACUGAGAGUAUCCAAGGUUUGCAGAUUGUAAACUGCUGUUACACCGCAUUCGAGGUUCUAAAAGGAAUAUAUUUCAAGGCAAAUGUUCAAAGUGGGCUUCCGGUCAACUACACAUGGAUAUUUCAGUUGGAAAGGUCUCGGUCUACGUGGCUCAUUGGGCAAGAAGUGAACUUCUCUCCACAAGAGAGUGGUUUGUGGUCCGUCUGCUUACGUGCUAGCAAUGGAGUCUGCUCUCAGACAAUAAAUGAAACUGUAACAAUCGAGUGGCCUGUUCAGGAAGUCAACCUUGUCCGUCAUUCAGAGAGGAUAUUUGUCGGGCAUGGUGUCAGAGUGUCUGCAACCGUGAAGGAAGGGAGCAAUGUCAGAUACAGUUGGGACUUUGGAGACUUCACUGAAAUAUUGGUCACAGACCAAAAUGAAGUUAGUCACACUUAUCAUUUUACAGGACAAUACAGAAUUACACUCAAAGUUUUCAACAAUGUCAGCCAUGUGUCCACACAGCUUCACAUGGAGGUGGAAGAGCUUCAGUGUUCCAUCCCACAAGCUUCCCUGGUCCAGAGCCAGUCUUCUACCAUCCUCAGAUCUAGACAGAAUUUCUUCGAAGCAAGUGUGUACAUAAAGUGCUCUGCUUACAGGACUAACUAUCUGUGGGAAAUCUUCAGGGAUUCAUGUUUCAACAGUGGGAACAAAGUCAAUCUUAGAAAUCAAAAGGAUGCAGCAUCACCUCUUCUCUUACUUCCAAAGAGUGCUCUCGACAUUGGGCACUAUUGCCUGGUAUUCAUAGUGUCAUUUCAGGGAACUCCUCUAUUCGUCCAAAAGAAGACAAACAUCACAGUGGUCCACUCUCCAUUAGUGGCUUUCAUCAAGGGAGGCUCCCACAGACUGUGGUCCGGCACCAGGGAUCUUUUCCUGGAUGGAUCUGAGUCACAUGACCCUGACAUGGAGCCUGGAGAGGAUGAUGCACUACAGUAUCACUGGGCAUUCGUUAUCAAGAACUCCACAGAGUCUCCUCUUCUAAAGCAGCUCAUGGGGAGUUUCAGUAGGAGGAUAACUGUACCCAGCAGUCACCUGCAACCAGGAGCAGUCUACGUUUUCACUCUUACAGUGCACAAGACUGGGAGGAGACCUGCAUCCGCCAAUCAGACGGUAACUGUGACUGCAGCUCCAGUGCUUCACGUGACGGUGAAAUGUGUAUCCUGUUCUGUCAUUUCCUCUGAUCACCGCACCAGUGGCAGCAUCCCCGUCGUACUUGCUGGUCAGUGUGAACAGUGUGACGGCCAAGCUCGGUACAGUUGGAAAGCCGAGGACCAGAGCGGCCAGAGUCUCGACCUCAGUGACCAAACCACCUCUACAGGCAGACUUUCUCAUCACCUGGCGGUACGUUCAGGUGUCCUGCAGCCAGGCUGGAGUUAUUCUUUUGUCCUUAAUGUGUCCCAGCCUGGCAGCGGGCAGUGGGGCAGUUCCAGCUUGAGGAUACAGGCAAAGAAUCCGCCGCGUCACGGCCAGUGUGAUAUCAGUCCAGAGUCAGAUAUCCACCUGCUGGAGACAGAGGUCACCUACAACUGUUCAGGCUGGCAAGAUGAAAGUGGGACCUCUCAGCUUAUCUACACUUUGCAGGUGGCACCAUGUCAGCCCGUUAGCACUGAGUGUCCGGUACUCACUCUCUACAGAGGUACUCGCUCAACCUUCAGCAGCUUGGUUCCAGCAGGAAGUCCGGGGCAACCAAAAAACAUGUCGCUUAUCACAGUCACUCUGGUGGUAGAAGAUCAUUUGGGGGCAAAGGCCAUUGCAUUGAACAGAACAUUGACAAUUGAAAAUCCUUCCAAUGGUAAAGUUGCAAGUCAGUGGCUCAGAAAUAAAAGCCAGACAGAACUGUGGGCUCUCAUCCAACACCGUAAUCCUCAGGAGAUCAUCCCUUAUUCCAUCGCCCUCACCAGCAUGCUCCGUCAGAUGGAGUUUAGAGGGACCGCUGAAGAGCUCGCAGACAGCAGGGAGCUCUGGGAAAAUGUGACCCAAGUCCUGGUCUCUCUCCCUGUGUCCUCCUUGCAGGAUGUUGACCAGCUCAGCUCAGUUUUGGCACAAUCUACUGCUGUUCCCAGGCAGCUGCUAUGUUGGAGCUGCCAGGAGAGAAUUCUGGAAGUUGUGCGGAAAAUAAUCCACGUGAUGAAGGAACAAAUGAGUCCUGCUGAUUUGCCAGCUGCUUCCACAGGAGAGAGCAUCCUCCGUGUUCUAGGUGGCACCCUGGCUGCUGUGUCUGAGUUAGUCCAUGCUGCUGGUUCUGACUCAGCCUACACAAGAACUCUGCAGGAGGCUUCAGCCAUCACGGUGUCAGCGCUGGGCUACGCCGCAGCCCUGAUGCGCACUCUGAUGUAUUCACGAGUUCAGGGCCAGGCACCCCUUUCACUUUCCACUAAUUAUAUCAAGACAGUUGCUUUCCUUGGAGACCCCUCUGACCUCCUCUGCACUCCAGGGUCAAAUGGGUCAAACAGACACCAGACGACUCCCUCAGAGUCGUCAUUAGCUGAUAAAUCUCAGAGUGCUCAGCCAUGUCAGUUUCUAAUCCCCAAUUCCCUUAGUGCUCACCUUAAAAAUCAAAACUCUGAGGUGGUCCAGGUGCUGCUGAGUAUGGAUGGACCACAAGAAGCCAACUCUUUUCUGGCUUCGAGCAGCCCUCGUAUCUCCACCGCUGUGGUUGCCAUGGAGCUCACCACCCCUCAAGGUCAGCCCAUACCCAUCCAGAACCUGGAUGUGGAACAAGCUAUCCGCGUCACGUUGCCCAACAAGUACCCUUUACAGAGUGAUGGAGGUGGGAACGGGGGAGUAAAUGAAGCUGAAAAUGGGACAUGUCUUACUGUAACACUGCCCAGGGAAGGACAACUGAAUUUCAAAGUAAAAGCCCUGGAUGGUCUGGUAGAAAAUGCUGGUUUAUAUAUCUCCUUCAACUUCAGCCUGCCUCCAGGAGCUACUCCAGUGAGGCUGGGUCGUGUCAAGGCCGUGGUUGUCUCCGUGCCAGGGUCUAAUGCAUCCCAAGAAUCCCUCAUGAGAGAGUGGGCUCUCACUCUCUCUGCUGCUUCCAGCAGGAGUUCCUCAGAGGAAACUAUCUUUCUGUCGCCACUUUCAAACGGAACACAUAAGCCCUUUUUUGUCAACCUGAGCUCCUCUCUGAUCGACGGAGGGCCUGUCCGUGUGUCCGUGUGUGCGUUCAGCUCUCUGUGCCAGUAUUUCAGCGUGGCAGAGAUGCGCUGGAGCAGUGCGGGUCUGCGGCCGCUCGAGGGCAGCACACUACAAGCAGCUCAAUGCCUCAGCCAGCAUCUCACCAUGUUUGGGGCCAGUUUGUUUGUUCAUCCUGGGGCUGUUAUCAUGCUGCCGCCGUCAGGAGGGCCCGUAAAGAACAUUGUGGCAGGGAUUGUGUGUGCGGUCCUGGUUCUGCUUCACCUGCUGGUGGGGCUCAUUGCACACAAACUGGACCACAUGGACAGCCUGAGACUAAGCCAGGUUCCUCUGUGCGGUCGACCAGGACUGUACUUCUACAGGGUGCUGGUGAAGACCGGCUGGAGGCCUGGGGCAGGCACUACAGCACACGUUGGCAUCAGUCUGUAUGGUGUGAACAAGAGCGGCUCUCGACACCUGCAGAGGGACGGAGCGUUUCAGCGCGGCAGCCUGGACCAGUUUCACAUAGAGACGGACGGAAAUCUGGGAGAGAUUUGGAAAAUUCGCAUCUGGCACGACAACACAGGUUUGGACCCCUCGUGGUACGUUCAGCACGUGGCGGUCUGGGACCCUCAGACAGACCACAUGUUCUUCUUCCUGCUUGAAGACUGGCUGUCAGUGGACAAUCAGAGGAACAGCACAGUGGAGAGGGAAGUUCUCGCUACGUGUCCAGAGGACCUCACCCAGUUUCGACGGGUCCUCGCCUCCCAGCUGAUAUUUGGGAUGACGGAGCGCCACUUGUGGCUGUCGCUGUGGGAACGGCCCGCUCACAGCUGUUUCACCAGGGGUCAGAGGGUCACCUGCAGCGCUCUGCUGCUGCACCUCUACCUGACACUGGGAGCUCUGUGGUACGGGGCCGUUAGCACUGAAGGUCUCAGUGGACCUGUUUCAGCCCAUCUGCUGGUUAACUGGGAGACAGUUGCCGUGGGGAUGGCCAUUGCCAUACUGGUUUUUCCUCUCCAGUGUUUCCUCUGUUUCUUGUUUAGAAAAGCCCAAAGCCAGGUUACUGUCGACGUGUCGGUUCCCCCCUCUCCGGUUUGUCACUAUGUGGAAAUGGACUACCACCUGAGCCGGUCGGAGUCCUCGGGCCCUUCCUCCCUGUCUGCGUCAGACUCGUCUGGCUUAGUCCGAGAAAGUCCUUCCUCUCUGCUGGAGAGCAAGGCGUUGGACUCCAGUAUCCUGGACUUCUGGGCUGCUUCUGGCUUGGUUCCCCAGAGAGAUGGAGCGCAUCAGGAGGAGGCCGCGUCAUCGCAGCCGUCACGUGACAGCCUCCAUGGCGUACCUGCGAGCUCCUGUUCCAUUAGGACAACGUCAGCACCCGAGCUUUGUGAAGCUCCCCAUGCGCGAGGCUCUAGUCGUCAGCUGAGACGGAAGAAGGCCUUGAUGCAGCUCCAUCUGGCCUCGCCCGCGUCCUCCGUCUGCCCGACUGCUCUUCUGAACGAGGACAUCUCCAGUUUUCACAGCUCUGCUCAGCCAGGCCUCACAGUUCUCCACAUGAACCCCAAUUCAGAGCAAAUCCCGAACCCCAACAUGGCAACGCUCCUAACUCUGUCUGAAGAGGAUUUGUUAAUGUCUAUAGCAGCAGAAAAAGACACAACGGAUGCAAACAAAAGCAACUCCGACAGCGGCCGGGGCUCUCCAAGAACCUCGUCCUCGUUCUCAGCAAAACAGAGCAGCUCCUGGAGCAGCUGGUCAGAAGAGCAGAGCGAGCCUAAGCUCCUGAGUGGAGCAGAGGUCAGCCAGGCAGAUCUUUCAUCGUAUGGAGAGGGACUCUGCAAGUGUCCCUCUGUGCUAUCGGUGGACUCUGUGGCGAGCACCUUCCUCCCAGGCUCUUCUCACGACUCUGGAUGCUCCUCGUCAACAACACGUUUAGGCGUUGCUCGAGGUGAGCCCAGUGGGGCGCUCCGUCCCUGGGUACUGUAUGUGAUCUACCCUCUGGUGGCUGUGCUGCUGGGAGCCUGCCUGGCGGUGGUGGGACUCUACGGAAGUGUCUUCUCUAAGACAGUAGUUCUCAUGUGGCUGGUGUCUGCGCUCUCAGCGUUUUUUACCUCUUUUAUGCUGCUGGAACCUCUCAAGGUGUGUGUGCAGGCCCUGAUCUGCACAGUCCUGUUGAGGCCCGUUGAUCCAGAAGUAGAGGAGGUACUGGCUCAGGAGACCACCGUGGUCCCAACAUUUGGAGAACACGGUGGGAAAGUACGACCGCCAUGCGGCUAUGGACUGCUGCAGGCACAAGAGGAGGCCCGCAAAGUCCGAGCUCUGCGGUCACUCAUGAGAACCUGUGUGGGCCAGCUUUUGUUUCUGUUGCUGGUGCUGAUGGUGAACUACCAGGACAGAGUGGAGCAGAGGCAGGGCAGGCUGCUACACGCCUCAGUCAGACAGCGUCUUCGAACGGCGCAACUGGGGUCCCCGAAUCUCACCUCACUGAGAAACUGGUCAGAUGCUGAGCACUGGAUCAAUCACACCUUGGUGCCACACCUCCACCAAAACCCCUCUCUUCACCUUGUCGGGUUGCCACGGCUACAGUUCAUGUGCUCAUCCGCUGCUCCGACAAUUGGUCUCCUGGGAAACGCCAGUGAAACGACACAGCAGAUCCUAGCUGACAUGAACAUGGCAGGCAAGAGCAAGAGACAGUUUAAACGCCUUUCUAUAGACUUCACGCACUACCACAGAGAGUCUGGUUUAUUUGUAUGUGUGUCCAUAAAACUGGAGUUGACUCAGUCACCAGGCACCACCUCCUUCCUCUCCAUCCAUCCCCUCGUCGUCCCCUUGUCCUUCUCGGGAUUGGACCUUCAUGUGGCUCUUACAGUUAUUCUUCUCAUCUCUGCUCUGCUCAUCACGGCUGGGGAGCUGUGGUCCAUGGUGACGGAGCGUGCUCAGCCGGUACGUCAAUGCCGUCACUGGUUCCAGCUUCUCUUGGCCUUCUUGGCAUUGGCAACGGCUGUCCUGCAGCUCUUCUUCCUGUCCGUCGCUUCUUCAUGUCUUUCCAAGCUGCGGUCCAACUCCGAGGACUACGUUGACUUCCACGCCGCUGCCCUUCUGGCUGAGAGCUCCUCUCAGUGUGCUGCAGUCUUACUCAGUCUGCUUGUUCUGAAGCUGCUGGGAACAUUAAAGCUUGUGAGGAAGUGGGUGAUGAUUGGCAGAGUACUGCAGCGAGCCUGGAGAGAACUAUGGGCUGUGGCCAUCCUGGUCCUGCUGCUGCUGCUGCUCCGCUUUCACCUCGGAAACGUGCUUUUUUCCCACUCAGUAGAAGGUUUCCUGACUGUACCGCAUAGCCGGAUGGCGCUCCGAAAGCUCUGCGGGGUCCACCCGGUUCUGGGACCUCUCUAUGGGUUGCUUCUGAUGGGUGGAGGUGUGUGGCUCUGGGCUAGACUCUGCGGAGCUAUUCUCAUCCGUGCAUAUAGGGAGGAGAAGGCUGACAGUUUUCAUCCGACUAUUGAGCCUCAGGACUAUGAAAUGGUAGAGUUCUUCAUCAAACGACUAAAGCUGUGGAUGGGGAUCACCAAACCCAGACAGUUCAGACACAGGGUGAAGUUUGAAGGCAUGGACGUCCCUCCCUCCAGAUCUUCCCAGGAGUCCAGUUUCUCUGUCCCAUCUUCCACCUUUUCCCUCUCCCAUUCUCCUUCUUCCUCAUCCUUGCUGGCAUCUUCUCACCCACUAUCCUCGACUCUCUCUGUUAGCUCUGAGGACUUGUCGGUGUCCAGGCCGAGGUUCGAGGUCCAGCCCUACCUGGACAGUCUGGAGCCCAUCGUCAGCACCUUGUUAGCUCGAUUUGAUCGAGUCAACCAGGUAACAGAAGACUUAUACAACUUGGAAGUUCAGCUUGAGGAGGCUCAGGCCAGGAGAAAGAAGAGACAGACAGGUAAUAAAGAUAAAGAAGAAAGAGUAUUUGGAGAGUUAGGAAAACCAAAGAAACUGAAUGAAGAAGGGGUGAAAGGAGAAGUUAGACACAGGAAGGUGGGUAUUCUUCACCCAAGGCCACGAGUUUCCCUUCCGCCCUUUCUCCCCUGCUCCUCCUCAAUACCUCAGUCCUCUGUUGCCUCAGUGGGCAUCUCGCCCCGCAUGCGUAGCGCCUACUCUGAAUCUGAGCCGGUUCCGUUCCAGCUUCGGCCUUCCCGCAGGAAGACUUCCUCGGACGUGCCCACGCCUGGCAUCUGUGGUUCGUACACAGGGUCCACUGGAUUUGGCAGGUUCCCCAGAAGAAGAGCUUGGCACUCCGGGAGCUCCCAUUCAGCCGAUGCCAGUCAGAGGGCUUUCCAGCCUUCAGGAACUCCUCCGUGCAGAAACGGAGGAGGAAUUUUAGAAGUCACAAACGCCAGACCCAGAAGUGAAGAGGGGGUCAGAGGUUUUAUCCGUGGUGGGGUUCCAGUGAAGAGGAAAGCUUGGAUCUCUGAAGGACUAGAGACUGAGGAAGACUAACCAUGGGUGGACACUGGAACAUAAAUUAUUAUACCCGUAGCCUAAUCUGAAUUACUUUGCUUGGCAACAGACUUCCUUUAAGACUAAGAUUUAGUCUUUCAUCAGCAUUGUUGGAUGAGUAGAGUGAUCAGUGAACCAGUUCAAGACUCCCUGAUGGAAGAUGGGGUUAUCAUGUUCUCUUAUUUUGCUUUUCUUUUGUAUGGCUGUUGUUUUAAUAUGGGUUUCAAAAGGUGGUGUUUCAAAUGGGAAAAUCUACAUGGAUACGAUGUAUUAACACAAGAGCCUAUGAAGCCUGAAAGGGAGCGUGAUUUUUGCCAAAGAUCCCCUGAGAUUUCCGCUCAACGAAGAUAAAACAACACUGUUCAACUUUUCAACUCACAAUUGUAGUUUAAAAAUCUUCCUAACAUUUCAUUGACUUAUAUUAUGAAUGCAGCUGCCCUCACUGACACAUCACGCCCUGCUGGCCUGGAACUGACGUAUCUGCAAGUCUCGCCUCCCUUAGUUACUGUUGUUAGCUCAGACAAGCAACUACCUCUGUGAAAACCUUGCCGCAAGAUUUUUUAGACACGUUUUUUAAGCGUUUACCAUAGUUCCAGUACCUGAGCAACUGAUAUUCAGCAAUGACUGGCUCAUCUUUGUUCGAGGGGCGUGUCUCACUGGUAGUUGGAACUGCACUUUGUAACUUUGUGAUCCAGCCUGAUCUUGCUCAAAAAGAUUUUGCUAUGGCGACACGUCACUCACCAACAUUAAUACCUCUGUGUGGCUAAGCAGCAGCCGGCUCACUGUUAUUGAUACAGUCAUCAUGGAAGUGACGAAACCAAAGAGGAGCAGAGUAGAGGAAGUGAGGAAGAGAAAACAAGGACCACAUAGGAGGAAACUUUGUACGGGCUCAUUCACAAGAGCUAAAAGAAACCAACUCUGAACUUGUCAUGUACUUAUUGGACUCGCAAGACAUUUAUUGGUAGCUAGAUAGUUGUAUCCUGCCUCUGUAUUAUUUCCUUUUUUUCUUUUCUUGAACUGAUGUUCAAAUAAAGUUGUUCACUCAGCAAUUUAGUCUCUUUUGCCCCUUUGACAUCUCACAAACGCUGCACUCUUACACUUCACUUGGACCAGUGUCUGAAUUGAUGUAGUAGUGCAAUGUUUUACAUUGGACUCAAGUAGUCAUUUUGCUAAACAAAUCUAAACUGGUGUCUUGUGGUUUGAAAGCCUGUUACU